AUGGGUAUGAUCUUUCGUGUCCGUCGCCAUACGUCUCUGUUUAUGCCCGCUAUGCCUUCAUAUUCAGACGCCAGUCUUUGGGAUGUCUAUUCUCAGCUCACCACCUCGCCAACAAGCCCCGGCCGGCUUGAUCUGAGCUCCUGCCUUCAGAUGGGCCCCUUUAGACAUUUAGUCGUGGCCACCUUCACAUUCUCGCAGGUCUCCGAAGCCGUGUAUCCGUGUCGCUACGAUACAGAACCAACGACAUGA